AUGACUAAAUCCGAUAUUGAAAACCUCCGCCUAGUCUCCAAAAGGGUCAACGCUAACGCAUCACCUUUCCUUGUCACGGAAGCCCAUGUCUCCUUCAACCGCAACUCAAUUCGAGAUCUCGAGACCCUCAGCAAUCAUUCUGUCUUCUCGAAGAGCAUAAAGUGCGUUCAGAUAGAUGUCUCUUACUACGACAAAUUGCUUGCAAAGUCCUGCCAUCGCUUCGUAGAGCACAACGCAAGCAAGUUAGGCUACACGUUGGACCUACUAUCUCGGGCGACCCAUCGGUGGUACGACAAGGACGGCAACAUGAAGGAAGAAUAUAGAGGGGACAAGGAGAUUUUCGCGAAAGCAUACCGUGUCAAUGAGGAGUGGAACCGGACUGCAGCGGUUAUGGCCACCGAAGAUGUUAUCAGGUCCGAUGCAACAGAAGCGCAAAAGCUCCUACUCACCGCGUAUGAAGAAUACAAGGAACUUUAUGACGAACAGCAAGCGGCUAUAGCGACCGGCCAGGGCGUAGAAAGAGUUGCCCAAGCGCUGCACAAAAUGACUAGCCUGGAUGAGAUCGUGGUUAAAGACCUCAAGUUCAGUCGGCCCGGAAAGAAUCGUCGACCCUGGGUCGAAAGAUUCUAUACUGAGAGGUUGAUAGAGAGCUGUCUGAAGAAAAGCCGCUGGAAAGGCUCAUUCAUGACGGCUAUGGAAACACGACCUCCUGUCCAUAUAGUCACAGAUCUAUUCGCUGCGCUCGCCGACUCUUCCGUAAGGCCAGCUUCAUUUACCAUCUGCAUUACUCCUCCGACCGACCUGCGCUGUAUCGACUUCACAAGCAAGCAGCUAGAAACCGUCAGGACAGUCUUAGCUCAAGCAAAAGAAUUAAGCCUCGAUGUGCUCAGCUGGGAACGAAGGGACUCGCUGGCUGAGAAUAACGACCGCCCAAAGGAGGAACUUACAGGACUUUGUGCUCUUUCACGUGCCUUAUUCAGCUCUUCACGCCUACAGGGGCUUCGACUGAGUCUUGGGAAUUACCCAUGCUUCUACGAAUUACCCAAGAUAUCUCUAUUCGAUCUCUUGCCAAUGCCGCUCCCGUCUAACGAUGUUUCCGAGCUUGGUUUCCAGUCUGUUCCAUUGAAGAUGGACGAGCUUCGAGCACUCGUCGACACGAUGAAAGAUCGAAUAAAGCGCUUAGCGUUGAACAGACCAUAUUUGCUAGACGGAAGCUGGGCAGAUUCGAUUGCCAUGUUGCGAGACCUGGAAAAGCUUGAAUGGGUUGACUUUAAGUAUCCGUACGGCGGCGAGUACGGUGAUAGACGCGAUGGACCAAAGAUUGAGCAUGGUUUGAUUGAGUCUUACAUAUCGGGAAAAAUCAAAGAAAAUCCGCUACAGCGGCAGAGGUUGACAGAGUAA